UGUACACAGUCUUUGUCUGCUGAGUCAAGUUUAUUUCUUUAAUUCUUUUCUCACUCGCUUAUCUCUGUUUUGAGAACAUUUCGUAAUGACAAAAGAAUCUCGAGCAAAUGAGGACAGUUCAGUUUAUGCUUCCAGUAUUUACAGCGAUGAUGGAAGUACCCUUUAUGCAUCAAGUAUUAUAGACGACGAUACGGCUAGUACACUUUAUGCCUCAAGUGUAUAUAGUACGCGGUUGAAUGACAAACCCUCUUUGUCCGUAGACGAUUUGCAGCAGCUGCGGAUUGUUGUGGUGGGUUUAGCUGCACCUAAAUUAAGUAAAGCAGUAGUCCAUCAUUGUUUAUUGUCCGUUCGAACCCUUCUUCCCAAAACCAAUCAAGAUUUAAAGAAUAAUCAGUUUAUAGAACAGUUCCGUAUUCUUAAAAAUUAUGCUGACUUGACCAAUUUGGAUGCAUCCCUGAGAUUGCAAGGAUAUAGAGGUGAACCCUUGCUGAAAAAGUCUAUUUUCUGUAGCCAUGCACCUCAAAUGCUGGAUCAGCGAAAGAUUCUAUUAGAGUUAUAUUUUCGAAAGUUGCUUGAUUCUGAUCAACAUGUCCCUCUUUUGUUGAACUUUUUCGAUACGGACAAGGAAAUUGAAGAACGUAAGCACCAUAGUACAAAAGAAGGCUACCUUAUGAGAAAAGAAGGUACCAAAUUAUUUGGUAAAUGGGUUGCGCAGUACUUUGUUUUAGAAGAUGUUACAUUUAAUUAUUACAAUCAAAAGGGAGGGAAGAGACUUGGUUCUAUUCCAUUAAAAGAUAUGAGUAUUGGCAGCCAAUCAUCCAGAUAUCUGGAAACCACAGAUUAUCGUCAUGGUCUGGUAAUUAAGCAACUGCUGAACCGACACGGUGAUGAUGGUCACAUGUUAUGCGCUGUUAAUGAUGAGGACCGUGAUCUGUGGGUCUCUGCUCUAUCCGAUGCCGCUAGAGCCUUGGAUGCUCCACCAAUCGUUGCCGUUCCAGCCUUUUUAAGCAAGCUGAGCAAUAAAAAAAAGAUUUGAUUUUGUACACAAAAUAAAUUGACAAAGAGAGACAUUAU